AGGGUGGUUUUUGGAGAUAAUUCGAGUUGGGUGUGCCGUGUGUCUACGGCUUUGUUAGGUCUAUUGUACCCGGGUGAACAUAACAACGAAUGAGAACAGCGACCUACAUAGCAGUGCAGCCAGUGCCAAUCUAGGUGAAAUGAAGUUGGCACAACAAGAGAAAUCGCCUACUUGUGUUCCCUAUGUUUGUCCUAAUAUUGAUAAGUUAGGUGUUGUUGUUUGGCUUAAAAAGUGCUUAAUUGUGUCUAUCGUUCAAUGGAAGAUGUAGCCUUCGCGUGGCCAUCGAAAUAGACAACGCACGACCAGUUUAUGUGACAAAGAUAAUUGUUUUUCGCUCGGACGAUAUAAACAUGGCUACUUCUCUCGCUCGACUUUAUUUCUAAUACAUUUCCGAAUGGUUGUUAAUGUUUCGGAAAGCUCAGCUAGUUUACGUGGCAGUAUGAUUAUUCGACGCCCAGGCUGUGUCUGCAAGUCAGGCUGUAGUCUGGGCAAACUAUGAACCUAUUUGGCUGCAUAUUCCCUUGUGCACUGCAGCACAGUUGGUGGAGCAUUGGCGGCAACGAGCAGUGUAUGUCAGAGGAAUUCGUGCACAGGAUGGGAGUGAACGCGUCUUCGGCCCCGGGAACGGAGCCCAACUCCGUCACCAACGGUAUGGGCGACUCUUGCGGGCCCCCCUUUAGGGACACCAUCGGUGUAGUCGUUAGGGAAAGGAAAAAGAAGGUGACUGGCUUCGCCACGUUGAAGAAGAAGUUCAUACGGAGACGUAGAUCGUCGAAAGCUUGCGAUCACGGUCGAAUGUUGAGAGAGUUGGUUUCGGAUUGGGGACCGUUGGAAGUUGCCGCACUGUUGGAGGAAUACGAGGCGCUGGCUGCUUUAAAAGAUCUCUGCGUGCAAGCGGAACUGGCUCGGCCGCCUGCUGCAACAUUUAAACAAGAUCUCUCUGCGCUCUACGACUUCAAGUAUUGCACCGACGCCGAUUUAGUUUAUAGAGGGGCGUGUUUUCCGAUACACAGGGCCCUGCUUUCGGCCAGGUGCCCCUACUUCAGAGACUUGUUGGCCGGGUGCCCCGGGUAUGGAGCGCGCAUAUGUUUAGAAUUAAGAACUGCCACAGUGGAUGUACAACUAUUCUCGGCGCUACUAAGAUACUUGUAUACCGGCGAUAUUUGUCCACACAACACCAACAUUGAUAUGAAUCUCUUGAGAAGACUUAGGGAAGAGUUUGGCACUCCAAACGCACUGGAAUCCGACUUGAGAUAUUUGCUGGAGACCGGCGAUUACGCUGACGCCUCUCUGGUCUUCACAUCGGAUGGUUCCGACUGCCAACGGCCAGACUCGGGAAGUUCCGAGUACGGUUUCCGACCGAAACUCGAGCUGGCCUGUCACAAGGCCAUACUAUCGGCCAGAUCUCCAUUUUUUAGAAAUCUACUGCAACGAAGGUCCCGCACAGGAGAGGAGCACACCGAAAGGGCUUUACAUAUACCCACCAGGAUUGUUCUUGAUGAGACUGUCAUCCCGAAAAGGUACGCCAGAGUUCUUUUGCACGCUAUUUAUUUGGACCAAGUGGACCUGACUUUGAUCUCGCGAGGAGGAUGCGGCGGCGGUUUGGGCGAGGCGCAAGCCUUGGCCCACACAGGCCGCGCCCGCCCCUCGCCGCUGGAAGAGGCAAUGGAACUGUACCAGAUAGGGCGAUUCCUCGAGCUUGAUAUUCUGUCACAAGGCUGUGAAGAUUUAAUUUUAGAAUGGCUGUCGCUAGAAACACUGCCUAAUGUGCUGCAGUGGGCCCGGCAACCGCACGGAUCUGCAUGGGUUCACAGACAAGCGUUACAUUUUCUCCGCGAAGAAUUUCAACCGGUUUCCCAAUCGGCUGUGUUACAUCAACUGGAUAAGAGCCAUUUAAUCGAAGUACUGAAAAGCCCCUUUCUACAGGCCAGCGAACUCGAAAUAUUGCACGCCGUAUUGAAAUGGGGCGAAAACGAAUUAGUUCGUCGUAUGGAAGAUAGAGAACCGAACAUUGUUAGUCAUACUGCGCACUCGGUCGCAAGGAAGGGCGUGAAGAAGCGAGAUCUGAGCGACGUGGAACUGAGAGAGAUUCUGUCUGAUUUGCUGCCUCUGGUGCGUAUGGACCACGUGCUGCCGCCGAACAGCGACAUCCUGAACCAGGCGAUCCGACGCGGUUUGGUUAGCACGCCGCCGAGUCACAUGAUCGGCGGCGAUCGGGAGAAUUUGCGCGUGAACGCGUGGAUACGCGGCGGCAAAAACAACGGACUGUUCGUGCAGCCGCGCCUCUUCAUGCCCUACUACGACGAAGUGAAGGUCUUGGUGGAGGAUCAGCUCGUGCAGGAGGUGGAGAUGAUGCGCAUGCGGCGCGCCAGGUACAUGCAAGACAUCCCGGACACUUUGUACAUGGUGGAGGACAAGCCGAGGCCGCACGGCGCGCAAGGCGUCGACGUGCUGGCCUCGGUGCUGCCGGUGCCGGAUCCGGCGGUGAUGAACGCGAUGUUGAAAAGGGAACAAAAACUCAGGCAAUCGCCCGGUUGCCAGCGCGCUCUUAACAUGCCUUUAUCCUCUCGGCACGAGAUCAAUCGCCAAAUUCGAUUGAGAGUUGUGCGCGAGUUCAACUUGCCGGAUCCCGUGGCCGACAUGUUGGAGAACUGUUUCUGCGUACCGGACCAAAUCGAUAACGAAAUCGGUAACGUUGAUUCGUCGCCGAACAAGGGUUUAAACGCGGUGCAAGGCAAUAACGGCAAUGGUACAGGGCACGGAUGCGUGGGCAGGAACAUGACGUUCCCGAGACCGGGAGCGGGCGCAGCUAUGCACGGCCAAAGGCAAGAGCUGCCCGCCGUCGUGCCCGAGGGGGAUUUCCGCUUCAACCCCGAGCCCGAAAGCAGCUCGUGCAGCGACGGCCACUUGUCCGACAUAAUGCCGGACGUGGCCAUGGCCACGGCCACCUUGGGCCAAAUCCAGCUGCAGGAGCAGCAAGAAAUGGAGCUGGAUUUGGGCGACGGCACCACGCACAUCCACAACUCUCAAGGCAUGUCGAACUCCUUUAACCAUCCGGUCUCCUACCGACGCUAUCAACCAGCUACUUAUCCUCAUUUGAGAGCCGAAUCUUCUUACCUUCCACCAAUGCCUAGGUUUUUAUAGUUCUAAGUUCCCCCCCCAAACCCUCUCUUCUUUCAUUUUGCUUUAGUGUAUUGUAUAUAAUGCGUUCUUUAUUAAGGUCCGACAUUGUUAGCAAACACGUUUAUAUUUAUUGUGCGAGGUCGGUUCAAAAAACACACUCCUGAUGCGCUUCUUUUCUUCAGCUCCUUCUUUGAUAACAGACCACCAAAAAUGAGUCAUACGCUUUUUAGUACGGCUAAAAUAUGAUGUUGUUUUUUCUUCCAAGACUGAUCUGCACAAACAUUGUUCCCACAGAGCAUUUGAACUAUUAAAUGGACGUCCAUUCGACAGUCAUUCAAAUACUCGGUGGGAACAAACCUCAGAUUUUUUUUUAACAGACGAUAUUAUUUUCCG